AUGUCUCGCUACGUGAAAGUUGUAGAAAACAACGUAUCUGUGAAAUUGGAGGUUACAAAUGGAAAGUUGGAAUUGUCAACGUUACAUUUAUAUUUUCCAGAAGCAACGUCAUUAACAUAUAUACAAAACGGCGAUGUGAUAGGGUUAUCCAUUAAAGAUAACAAAGUUGUCCUUGACAAUAACAUUGACGAAUAUCAAGUAUUUAAUCCUUCGAGUAACACUAAUAGAAGUCCUUUCCAAAGUGGAAACAAAAAAAAGGUCGAUCAUAUCCUGUCAAUGAUUAACAGCUCGAGUUCCACAAGUCCACGUGAUGCAACCCUUCCCAAGAGCAAAGUGGCAAAAAUGUCAAUUUUUAAAAAUUUGACAGUAGGGUGGAAACACCAGUUUAAAAAUGAGACGAAGUUUACGCUCAUGAAGUAUCCUUUAGGAGGAUUGCAGAAAGUUGAGUUGGAUGCAGGAAAAAAGUAUUCGUACGAUGAAAUUCUACAACUCUGCAUUGAAGCAAUGAUUCAAGAGAAUAACAAAGACUUAUUCGAAACCAGUGAUGUUUAUUUAGGAUUGUUUGAUAAUACGAUGUUCAAAGACUUUUCUGAUAGUAGAGGUAAUAUCGGUGAUUUUUGGGAGUUUGCUAGCCGAGCCCUUAAAGCUUCAAACAGACAGUUAAAACUGUACUUGCUUUCCCAAACAAAAAAAACAGCUGAGAAUGAUGGCAAAAGUAAAAAUGAUAGUACCUACCAAGGUACAGACACAACUCCUUCUGGAGAAGCGGAUGUACUGCCUAGUGAGAAAGUUUCUGCGACCAAAGAGUCCUUGUCGCGAAAACCUAUGGAUACUUGGACCAGUUUUUUAUCAGAUUUGCAAAUACCUGUACCUAUCAUUCAGCGGGAUGACUUUACAAUGCUCAGCAAAGAGUUAGAGCGAGGAGCUUUUGGCUAUGUAAACCAAGGAAUGUGGUUAAAUACCCCCGUCGCAAUAAAAACAAUCAAAAUAACGGAUGAUUACAAAUACUUAAAGAGAGAAAUUUUAACACUUUCUCGUUUAAGACAUCCAAACCUGAUUUCAUUGAUGGCUGUAUCUGCAGAUCCGAUGAACUGUUUUAUCAUAACAGAAUUAUUUAUAAGUCAAAGUUUAAGACAAGUACUGUUUAAUCCCGUCACAAAAAGAUCAUUUAAUUUGACGAGAGAGAAAAAACUUAUUAUAGCACAAAAAAUCAGUAUGGCUGUUAGUUUUAUUCAUGAUUUGACACCUAGUAUCAUUCAUAAAGAUAUCAAGCCUGAGAAUAUACUUGUCAAUGAAGCUUGUGAGGUAAAAUUAAUUGAUUUUGGGCUAAGUCGAUUCGAAGGACUACAUUCGGAGCUAAAUUCAACUGUAGGCUCGCACCCGAAAGGUACGACUUUGUACUUAUCACCUGAGAUCAUUGUUGACAAGCAGUCUCAUUCAGUAAAAUCUGAUGUAUGGGCACUGGGCUGUGUGAUUGUUGAGAUCUUCUCAGAAAAAUCAAUCUGGACUGUAUCAAACAAUGAUAUGAUGUGUGGUCUGUUUAAUACAUUAAGAGCUAUAAUGAUUCAAAACAAAAAACCCGAUAUGAGUUAUGUACCCAAGGAUUUAAAAAAAAUAUUAUUAAAAUGUUUUGAUUAUCGGCCAGACAGUCGACCAAAAGCAAGUACAGUACUAGAUGUAUUGAAAUGUUCCGAUUCCGAUUUUUCAGAUGAAAACUAA